AUGUCUGCAUACCAACUUGCUGCCACCAGAAACGCAAAGCUUCAAAUUCUAAGUAUUUAUGCAAACAGAUAUCCAACAGAAACCCUGAUAAAACUACACGAGCCAUACGGAAAAAUAACGAAAUGGCAAAUAAAGAAAGCGAGGGCACAUGCUAACUUAAAUGGUCCAGGUGAGAAAGUAGAGAAAAUCAAGCAAAACAGGAUUCGAAUAGAUAGAACUAAGCUAGAUCAUUUUAUUGAUUUUGCGAAUCGGCCUUAUUUCUACCAAGACGUGGCAUUUGGAACAAGAAAGCUCAAAUUAGAUUCGGGAUCAAAGCUAACAAUACCAAAUGUAAUACGUAAUGUUACAAGAUCAACACUAAUCUCUCAAUACAUGCAAUAUUGCGAAGACCAAAAGGUUGAGCCACUCACUUGUGCCACCCUUUUCCGGAUCUUGAAAAUCAGAGAAGCGAGUGAGAGGAAAUUCUUGCAUGGUGUAGACAAUAUAGCUGCGGACGGUUCUUCAGGUAUCGAGAUGCUGAAACAAAUUGUCUCCGAAAUGGAAAAACUAGGCGUGGGGAAAGAAUGGGCUAAAAUGACUGUACAGAAAUUGAAUUCCGCCAAAGUAUAUUUAAAGUCUGAUUAUUUGGUUCACUGUAAAGAGGAAAGUCCAUGUCCUGAUCAUUGUAGGCAUUUUGCGCUAAGUGAUCCAACAGAUAAAUUGCUCCAAGAGUCGUGCGAUCACGAGCAUUCGCUUUUCUGUGACAGAUGCGAAGAUUUGAAACAGGUCAUCAGUGAUAUCGAAGAAGCAAUUCAAAAGAAUUCUAGUAAAUUUUUCUCCUGUGAACAAAGAGACGACUUACUUUGAAACGUGCAAAAGAAAACAUUUUCAAAUGGAAAUGUCACGUUCUGAGAUCAUGUAAUCAAGAAACAGCAAAACAGAAAGUCCUAUCAUCACUUGACGAAAGUUUGGCUUUAAUUGUUAUAGAUUGGGCAAUGAAAUUCCUACAGUUGAGGCACCGAGAAAAGCAGUCUGACUGGUAUGGGAAGAGAGGUAUCAGUUGGCACGUUAGUAGUGUAGUUACAAAAAAUGUCGAGAACAGGGUCUUAGAGUUAGGAAAUCAUAUGGUAUCGGGAAAGGGAAAUUCAUUCCUUUCUCAGACAUUGUCGUUAAAAAACAAGAACAGACAGACAUUCAGGAAGAUGAUGGAUUUUUUAAAUUUAAUGUGAGAGCUAUGAAAGAAGAUAAACAAAUGGCAGAGGACGAUGAAUCAAAUGCAAUCGAGUGUACCGUUCCAGGAUGCGAAAAAGUCUUCAAAUGUUUUGAAAAUCUGGAAAUUCAUCUCAGUGCGGGAAACCACACCAAUACUCUUGAAAACGAGACAUUGUACGACAGCUUGAGAAAGAAAUGGGCCAAUAAAUUUCAAACAAUUGAUAUCAAUCAGAUGCAAGUGAGAUAUUUGUAA